UCUUCCUGCUAAAACGGGAGUUAGUUAAAAGGUGAGACAAGUGUUUGCUCAGGAGCUUAAAGCUUUUCCUGAAGUCAUCAACAAAAGAAAGCGAGAUGUCUGAAGGAAAAAUGAAAGGAGCACAUUUUUACUUGGCUGUGAGUUUUCUAUUGAUGUGGUUUUUGGUGCAAUCGGUGAAUUCCUUUCGGCUGAGGAAAACAGAAAGAAGGGCCGGUCAUCGAGAGGCUCUCUCCAGCCGAACGGUGUAUGGCCAGGAGGGUGUUAUUCUUUUUGGUAGGGCUUUUGAAAAAGGGACAGGCCUUGAGUUAAAAGUUGUAAAUUGGACCAAGAAUGCUGCUUCAAACUCAUCUGAGGAGGACAAACGGGCUUAUCAAGCAGACUCUCCACCUGUCUAUCACAAUCCAUUAGAAAUCAAUCCAAAAGAGAUGGCGUGGAGCCGCAUGAGUCCACAACUGCAAUGUAGUAAGGACCAAAUGAAGUUCACAGCAACAGGACCCGGGAGUUCACUCUUGGCAGUGGAGCAAAAACAAGAAAAUGCUCCUCCAAUGCCCCUGUCUCAGGUUCCACCAAGCUGUGGGUAUACCAUGCAUAGGAGCCCGCUUACACUUGCUUUGCUUGUACCAUUUGAUGGCUGUAAUGUUGUUCAAGAGGGUGGAAGUUACAUACUUCCAAUGCGUUGGCAAGGAUCUCCUGUCUCUCUCUGGUGCCCCAAACCAAGUGAUCCUAGUCUGCCACCUACUGACUUGCCCAAGAACAACCCAACCCAAAUGCCUCAAAAGCUUAUGGCUCCUCACCCUGUCUAUAACUAUAUGCAGCCCCCAGUACAGCAAUCUAACGUCCAAAAGCCUGCACCAGCCACGAACGGCAACGGAAUUAAAAACAUGCCAUUCUAUUCGUAUGUCUACGUUCCUUGGCCUGUCCCUGCAACUCAGCAGCCUCCAGAGAUGACAACUAUACCACCUCCAAAACUUCCACAUGUCCCAAAAUUCCCCUAUGUUCCACAGGUACCGCAAAUGCCAAAUGUUCCACAGGUACCGCAAGUUCCACAGUACCCUGGGUUUCCAAAGUUCCCCCAGGUUCCACAGGGCCCACUAAUUCCUCAGGUUCCACAGGCACCGCAAGUUCCACAGUACCCUGGGUUUCCAAAAGUUCCACAAGGCCCGCAAAUUCCCCAAGUUCCACAGGUACCACAAGUUCCUCAGUACCCUGGGUUUCCAAAGUUCCCCCAGGUUCCACAGGGCCCACUAAUUCCUCAGGUUCCACAGGCACCGCAAGUUCCACAGUAUCCUGGGUUUCCAAAAUUGCCACAGGUUCCACAGGGCCCGCAGGUUCCACAGUAUCCUGGGUUUCCAAAAUUCCCCCAAGUUCCACAGGGCCCACUAAUCCCUCCGGUUCCACAAGGUCCGCAAAUCCCCAUUCCCAAUGAUCCUGUCGAUCCCCAGAUGCCUCCAGUCCCUAACUUCUUCCGUGCAAAGUUCGUUCCAUUUCCUGGUCUUCCUGCUGCAACUGCUCAACCACCUACGAUUGCAACCACAGCAGCGCCAGCCACAAUGAAGCCGGAACCUGUUCUGACUCCUGUACAACAGAAUCCUUAUCUUUAUCCAUAUAUUUAUGAUCCUUAUCUGUAUAACUUUCCUGUACCAAAUAAGUUGUUCAGAGAAUCUAAAUAAAUGUGACUAACCAGUU